CUUGCGGAGCCCUCUGCAGUUGCCCAUAGGACCAGUCUUCUCCCUCUCGAGGUCCAAGCUCUCGAGUUUGGUGACGGCCGAGGUGAUGUCACGCCCGUUUCUUUCUUGCGAUAUUUUGAUUUGUUUGAAAGCUAUAAGGGAUUGAGCUAGGGUUGCGGUGCUGCGGUCAACGAAAGCAGCGUCUUUUGUAAGGGGUUUUGGAUCUCUCUUUCUCUGUGUCAGCUUUGGGUUUCUUUUUUUCUCUUUUGUUUAUUGGACUUGGAGUCUGAUUGGAUUCUUCUCUUUCGUUUUUCUUUUUGCUGGUUUCCUUGCCGUAUUCGUGUGGGAAUUGGACUCUUUGCGUUGAUUUUUCCUUAUCGGUAGUUCAAUCGGGGUUUUGAAUCGUGUUCGUUGUUAAAUUCCGUCAGUUGGCUUUGAUUGGCAGUGGAGAUCUGAUUUAGUUCUUCUUUUUCGAAGCAAAAUUUGAUUUUUUUUGGCCUUUUUGAACGAACCGGUUGUUAUUUUUUCCCUUAUUUUCAUAUAAUUAAUCAUUUGAUUAGGUGAAUUAUGUUGGGGAUUUUUUUUUUUUAAAUUGGGGACUAGCAUGGUAAAGGAGAGAGUUUUCUAGGGUUUGGUCCAAUUUGAAGUUGGUGGUCAGGGCAUGAUGAACCGACUGAAGGGAUUGAAGCUUUAGAGUUUGCUUAAAUUUCCUUUUUCUGGGACCUUUGUUUUUCUGGAUUUUUUGUUGGGUGGAUCUGGCCGUAUGGAUUCCCGGAGUGGAGAGAAAGAUGGAAGUGUGGAAACUGCUGCCGAGGUGAAGGAGGGGGGAUUUAGAUCGAAAUUAAAAGGUUUUGGCAGCUUUGGCAGUAAAGAUAUGUUUUUUAGGGCCGAUAAGAUUGAUCUGAAGAGCUUGGAUAUUCAGUUGGAGAAGCAACUUACUAAGGCAUGGAGCAAAGACAAGAAUGUUCAGAGAUCCAAGGAAGAAUGGGAGAUUUAUCUAUCUAAGUUGGAAAUACGUUAUGUUGUAGCCCGAGGGACCUAUGGUACCAUCUAUCGAGGCAAUUAUGAUGGCCAGGAUGUUGCAGUGAAGUUGUUGGACUGGGGAGAAGAUGGUGUUGCCACAGAUGCUGAAACUGCUUCUCUUAGGGCAUCGUUUCAACAGGAAGUUGCUGUCUGGCAUAAGCUUGACCAUCCAAAUGUUACAAAGUUUAUCGGGGCAUCAAUGGGAACAACAGACCUUAAGAUUCCACAAUCCACAAGCAGUGGUCAGACUACUAUUCCAGCUCGAGCAUGUUGUGUAGUUGUGGAGUAUCUUCCUGGGGGAACACUGAAGCAAUAUUUGUUUAAAAAUAGGCGGAAAAAACUUGCCUAUAAGGUUGUAAUUCAGCUUGCCUUGGAUCUAUCUAGAGGACUGAGCUACCUACACUCUAGAAAGAUUGUGCAUCGUGAUGUAAAAACGGAAAAUAUGUUAUUGGAUGCCCAUCGAAACCUUAAAAUUGCUGAUUUUGGUGUUGCUCGUGUCGAGGCUCAGAAUCCUAAGGAUAUGACUGGUGAAACAGGAACCCUGGGGUACAUGGCUCCAGAGGUACUUGAUGGGAAGCCUUACAACAGAAAAUGUGACGUCUACAGCUUUGGCAUAUGUUUAUGGGAAAUCUACUGCUGUGACAUGCCUUAUCCUGAUCUCAGCUUUGCUGAAGUCUCCUCAGCUGUUGUUCGGCAGAAUUUACGGCCAGAGAUUCCUCGAUGUUGCCCAAGUGCUUUGGCAAAUAUUAUGCGAAAAUGCUGGGAUGCGAAUCCAGAUAAACGACCUGACAUGGAUGAAGUAGUGAGGCUUUUGGAGAUGAUUGACACGAGCAAAGGAGGUGGAAUGAUACCUGAAGACCAGGCCCGUGGCUGCUUCUGCUUUCCAUAUCGUGGCCCGUGAUAUCCUUUUUCUUUGUUUAUUGCCUUCUUUGUUAGUGUACAUGAAAGGAAGAGCUUCAGAUGCGGUGCUUUCAAAUUGCUAGCUUGGUGCUAAUGAUCUGGAAAGUUUCCUUUGAGUCGGGUGGCAGAAAGAUUGUUUAUUACAUCAAUUAUCUCUGCAGGCAUCUAUGGAUUUUGAAGCUAUUUGUAUGUUUAAUAAGGUUAAUACUGUAAUUAUACUAAGUUGUGAUUUUAUGGUCAUUGUAGUUUGUACAGCUUAUCAUGCUUUUGACAAACAAAUGGUUGUGAUAGUUGUAUCAUUUAAAUCCCAUUUGUAAUGCCAUUCAAAUGGGAGGUUGUGUGACCCUGGAGUAAAGCAGAUUUUAUUUCAGAGGACCCGAGUAAUAAAGUGCCCUAAUUGAUACUGUUGGCUGAUAGUA